GCGUGCGUUUGUACUGGCUCGGUUAGCAGGUUAGCAUAUUACAGGCAAACUGACCUGCCAGUGCCUUUUUUUUUUUUUAAGUUAUUUAUAAACACUCUGGGUGUAAUGGUUUUAACUUGGAGUCAUUAAAAUCUCUUAAGAGUGAUGUUUCAGGUGAUGUGCUGUGAAACUUUCACAGAGCUUAUUUUCAGGUUUUUCUGUUGACUUAGCUGUCAAAACCUUAAUGCGUAUUAAAGUGACAUGCUAUGCGUAAAAGGAGUCGGAAAACAAAUGAAGAUAUUUUCUUUAUGCAUUUUGUAUGUAACAUAUUUUGUAAGUACGUAUGUAGUGAUAUAGACUGUGUAAAAUUAUUCUUUAUUUGCAUGUUCUUAAGCAUGAUAAUAAGUGAAGCACACUGUUAUGUGCAUUAAAUGUUGCUACCUGGCUUAUGACUAGUCAGUUUUAGGAAUAAACAACUUAUCUGCACUGUAGACUCACAACUUUUCUGAACACUAAUGUCUAGUGGGUGCAUUUUAUCCUGAGCUGUGUUGGGAUAUUUAACCCCAAGAUAGGAAUAAUGCAGUUUUCCUCUUAGAGGGAAAAGAUGAGAUAGAGGUUUGUUAACUAUAUUUUAGGAGAUCGUUUCUACUGAUCUCAACAUGCUUCUGUCAAUUUCUUUUGAAUGGACAAGUUUCAGCAAGUGAAACAAUGUUUAGAAUAGAAAUAAGUGGUAUUUUAUUGUGCUGGCCUGGCAAACAGCAGAUUAGUUCAUCAGCUGAGAAUGACUUUCAGCUAAUGAAAUUAAUCUUUGUGUGUUGCUAAUGUGCUUUUGAACCAAAUGGAUAUAAUUGUUUCUAAAAUGUAAAUGAAUUGCAGAAUCUAGAGUACAAGUUCUGAUAUAAUGAUACAUAAGUUUUUCUGUAAGUGGUUUUUGUUGUGUGGUGUUGUGUGUUGGUUUUUGGUGUUUUUUUGUGUGUUUUUUUUUUUUUUUUCCUUUCUGUGUGUUCAAGAGGAAGAUAUUCAGGGUUAGGAGAUUCAACCAGUUUGUUUGGAAGACUUGCAGGCCCUGUCUUAGCUGUUCUGAAGUUAUUCUUCCAUUAAAAAAAAAAAAAAAAAUCACUGGGCCUGCAAAAGAGUUUUUCCGUAUCCAGUUCAGUUAUGUACAAUUAACAAGACUGAAUUUACUUCCUCUGGCAAUUUUUCACUUUUUCUUAGUCUCAUAACUAGAUAUUUUUGAAGUUGAUGCAAUAUAUCAAUACUUAGCAUCCCAUCUGCAUUCACAAAGUGUGUUCUAUGAAAAUUUGGUUCUUUAUGCUUCAGUAGUGACUAUGCUAAGUUGUUCUGUGAUUAGAAGUAUCCAAGUUACAUGUAUUUGUAACAUCUUUACUUUUGUCUUAAAAUUGUGUUUUAUAAAAUAUUAAGAAGUCUUCUGGUGUUUAAGAUGAAUUUAGUUUAGUUAUGACUCCAAGGCAACAAUAGAUCAAAUGUGAGGAACAGGGAAGUGGCAGUGGUUACUUUUCUCCAGUAUCUUGUAAUUAUAGGAAACUACUUUCUAAAGAACGGGGUACUGAUCAGCUGCAUUAACUAUCUUAACUAUCUCAACUUUUCUUAAUAAUUCAUACUAGCUAAACAGUUUCUUUCAGUUUGUUGUAAACAAACAUAUAGGUACUUCUCAUUUCUUAGAUUUUUCAUUUUACUUUUAACUGAUGGUUUUGGGCUAGCGUACACAAAAGCAAUAACACAAUUAAAGGCAUACACAAAUCACAGGAAGAACAAAUCUGUGGAGGAGUUUAGGGUGCUGCUUCUUCACGGUUUAAGCUCACUGAUUCAACUGGAAGCUAUCUGCAAGAGUUUUCAGUUGAUCCUGCAUACCCCACCUGCAGUUGUAUGGGCAAAGGAGCUGACACAGUGUUUAGUGGAAGAGUGGACUUUUCAGCAGCGGACUGUGGUUGGAUGAUACUAAACUCAUCAUGAUAAGCUGGGGGUUAUUUAGCAAUAAAAUGGAAUGGUAUAUUCAGGGAGCAAGUAAUGUACCCUAGAAGAAUAGGUAAAAGCUUAAGAAUUACAACAUGUUGUUUGCUAUUCUUUCAGAAGUGUUUUGAGAUUUCUAGAUAAUUGUUUUCCAUGAUCUAUUCAGAGAUGAAGAAGAAGUAACUUUUAUCUGAUUGCCAUGUACUUUCUGGCAUUAUUUUUUUUUUUCUCUCUAUGCAAGCAUUUUAAUGCUUCCUAAGUGCUGCUGUAGAACCAAUGCAGUGAAAUCAAGCCUGCUGCUGCUGAGCUUGUUUUUCUGAGCGUGGUUCAGAGUAGCUUCCCAGACAUUGUCGCUGGUGUUCUAGAGGUUUGUGGGCCACAGCUGAAAUAGUUCAGUGAAGGAAAAUGUAUGUGUUUAAGCUAAAUAGUUGCAUAAAUAAAAGCAGAGUAGUAAGAAAGUAGUUAAAAGCUAGGCUGGUGAUCACAGAUAAAAGACACUAACUGAAACAUCUGUCCUUCCUUGUGACCUUAGGUAAGCCACUUAUAGUGGAAUGUCUUCUCUUCGGAGUAGGGAGAAUGUAGAAAAGGAGACAUGAAACGGCAGCCUGUGCUCUAGAAUUGGUUUGGAUUUUGGUUAUUUAGAGUUUUUUGAAAGCUGCACUUUCAAAGGGAGUUCUGAAACUCUUAGUAAGUAGUAAAGUACUCGGCUAUGUUUAAAGAAUGUAGAUUAAUUAAUUUUGAUCAGAUUUAGUUCUAUUUAGUUCUAGUGUUCCAUAGAUAUGUUCACUACCUUGAAUGAAUGAGUAGGAUGAUUUUUUUUCAAAGAAAAAGGACAGAAAAUAUUUUAAAAUAUUAAAUAUCUAACACUUUCAGAAUAUUAAAAAUGUGUUUACCAGUGCAUCCUCCUAGGAUGUUUAUUCAACUACAUUAUCCUGCAUUUGUUAGAAUUCUUGUUUGAACACAUUUCACUGUAGCUCCCUGUUAUUAAGUUUUCUCUCGGUUGUUUAUUCCUUUAUCUGAUGUAUCUGAGUAUAUUUACACAUAAAAGCUCAGCAUAUAUUUUAGGAAAGCUUUUUAAUACAAGAUAGAUAAUAUCCACUUUUGGCUUUUAGAAGAGAGGUGUUUUAUACAGAACAAGCAUACCCUGUAGGUAUGGAAAGAUGACUUUUUUUUUCAUACUAUUUUUGUGUCUAGUAUCCUAUUGCUGCCUUGUGCAGUGGAGUUAGGAAUGGGAGGAGAUAAUAAUGACAAGUCAGAACUGUCAUUGCAAAAAUCUGUACUCAGAUGACUGUAGGUCACAGAAGUCCAUGACAGACACAGAGGUAAGAUUUGCAUACUUCAAGUAGGUUUAUUACUUAAUCUGACAUUGUGUAGAACAUCACUAAUGGAAUUACAACAGUGUUUUCUGUGCUCUAUGAUUGUCCUUGCAAGCUUACUUGUCUGUUUAACAUACCAAGACUUUAACUGUUUUACUUUACUAAAAUCUGUUAGUAAUUUAAUGUCAUUUUCCUAGAAAGGAUUUUUUUUCCAGAUUACAUGGAUGUAAUUGCCUGUAUGGGAAUUUAUACCCAACCACAUGUUUAAAUUAUGUUAUUUUUUUAUUAAGUCACGAUGUGGAUGAUAACAAUGGAAGAUAAUGCCCUCUUCAGUAGUACAGAGAUGUUUUAUGACAAGGCCCAGAAUCCAUUUUAAAGUAUAUCGUUUGACACACUUUCUUGUAGUUUCCACGUUUAUUAAUUGAAUAAUUCUUGAGGUGCCAUGCUCAUUAUUCAGUAAAUCAUGUACAAUAAUAGAAAGCAGAUGGAACAGAAGCAUAGUUAAUGGUGAUGUUUGGGUGGCAACCUAUGGAGGUUACUGGGCACGAGGGUGCUGUAUUUUAAGAGAUGCAGCAAACGUGUGUGAGACAGGAGUCAUUGAAAUUGCAUCGCAGGCUGUUGAAAGGGUCAUAGUCUCUAUUGCCAGGUAUUUGAGUACCUUUCUGCAUUUAAGGCACUAAACAUUUUUCAUUUUAGAUCUUUAUAUUUGGACUUAAAUGAAGCAGCUUGCAUUUCUAUGUGUAAAGACAUUAAAUAAUUUUAAUAUUUCAACAGCUUUUUAAUGUAAUGGUGUAAAGCAAUCUUCUAAAGGUGUUCAUUGUUGAUUUAGAGGAGUUCCAGUAGCUCAAAAUUAAGUACAUAAUUAAUUUCAGAUAUCUUUGAUAUUGUUGAUGUCAGUUUGAAUGUAGAUAAUGUCCAUAUAAAAACAGAUAUUAUAUAUAAUAAAUAAUAUAUAUCAUUAAUAUAAUGAAUAUAUAAUAUAUAUAAUUCUGCAGUAAUCUUGUCAAGAUGAAGUAAUAUUGUAGAGUUUGCAGUUAGGGAAAUGGUUACUCUGGGAUUCGUGGGAGACAUGUUUCACUCUAACACUAAUAUUUUCUUACUUGUGUCUUGCAAAUACUGGCUUCUGAAACUGAAGAAGUCCAGUAUGAAGCAUUCUUCCUUUCUCUUUCUAUGGAAGGUUGUCUCAAACAGCUGCUAGUCAUUAAUUUCGUACAGUAUUCCAGGAGGAGAUUGCUCAAGGUAUCAGGUUGUGAAAGUUUUUUACUUCUAUUUAAUGUUUGCUGCUUGUAGGCUGAGGAAUCUCUAAAUCUGGAGGGAAAACAAGUGCUGAAUCUUGAAUUUACAGGUGACAGUAAGCAGACAGAUACUUGUAGCUAUCCACAGUGAAGGAAGGAUGUUACCUGUUCUGUGCGGUUGUAGCUUGAGAGCUGUUCAGCUUAUAUUUUGUGGUACUGGGCAAGCAACAGUACACCGCUCUGCUGAGUGAGAAGUGAAGGCGAUAGUUUUAUUGUGGGAAGAAACUAGGGGUUUUGCAAAAUAGAGCUCAAGAUGUAACAGAGGAAGGCCUGGGAAUUCUGUGGAAACAUGGAAGAUCUUCAGCAAGUUGAAGUUACUACAAAUGAGGCUGUGUGGGUGUUGAACAAAAAUCUGUAGAGAGCUAAGCUUAACUAACCUUGUUACAUUUGAGGAACCAUUUGCUUAGUCUGGAUCUUAGUCUCCCUAAGUAGUAAACUGAGAGUUUGCUACACGGUGCCUGCAUCAAGAUACUGAGUUUUUCAUUUAGUGCAUGAGAAUUUUGUUUUAAAUUAAAAUUGUUGUAGUUAGUUAAUUGCCAUCAGAUGCUGGCAGAACUCAUGCUGGUAGCAUACAGGUUAUUUUGUUCUCUGAACUUUUAAUUUAUACCAGAUUAUUUUGUAUUCAGUGUUGUUUGGUUUUGUAUAAAACUUUGAGAAAUGUGUUUUUUAUGCUGAGUUUCAUACUAAGUCAUUGAUUUAAGUAUAUUUUGUAUGAGGAGAUUAAAUUUAAGAUCGUAACUGUGGCUAUUUUUUUUUUUUAAUUUGUGUCACUAUGUAUCUUUUGUUAUAAAUAUGGCAGUGGCUGGCAUGAUUCUAAUUUUGUGGUUUCUGACACUUUUUUAUCUGUAACAUUUAAUUCCAUUUUAAACUUAUAAAGCAAGAAGAAAACUUUAUGGAAGUUUAUGAAACAUCAUUUAGAACAGCCCAACAGAGCUGACAGUUUAAAAGAAAUUCUACAAAAAUUAAGUCAUGACUGCGUUCAAGCCUGGGAUGCGUGAAUGGAACAAAACUUCUCUGGAACCUGCGUCAUGUUGAUGGGAGAUUGCUGUGGUGCCAGGCACUGAAAUUUAACACCAAGUGACUUUCCGGCUUGUGAUUUUGGUGUUUUCUUUGCUUCUAUCCAGAAAAAGGAGGAAACCUUAACAGUGAGAGGGUGGCUAGGGCUAUAACUUGGGCUUUGUCUGAGCGAGAUGACAAAGGAGUAUUUCCCUCCUCUCAGAUGCCAGUACAUGUAUCCAUACUGGCCACAUAUGGAAGAGCACACUCGGAGCUGCAGUUCAGUACAGUUGUAGUUGGACUAAAGUAGAAGAAGAGCUAUAGGGUAAAGAACUACAAGUAAUUCAGGAACAGUUGAGAGGGCAAAUGAAUUUGGUAAGGUCAAAAUAAGGAAAGUCAGAGAUACUAAAACAUACUUUAAUUAGUUCUAUGUUGUCAGAGCCUUUGAAACUUAAGUAUGUGCCUUUGAAGGUCUGGUCUCAUAAAAAGGAAUAAUGUUCAUUAUUACUGGUAAUAGAUAACUGUUUUAUGGGAUCAAAUAAUGAUCUUUCAGGCCUGAGCAUGUGAUGUCUUAUUUUCUAGGCUUGUUUUUCAGGAGCACAGCACAGUAGUCAAUGUCUGAUGUGACUGCAGUUCAAGCUGAAAAAAUCCAGAGUUAAAAUAGUUUAUCUUGAAUUUGGCUCCUCUCUAAGUUCUUAUAGCAGAAUGUGACUAUGUAAUUAAAGGUAAAGGUGAGGAGGAGUUGUUCUCAGUGAAUUAACUAGAUUUUUCAUUUUGAAAACUGCUUUUCACAAUCACUGUGGAAUGCCAGAACAAACUAUGUGCUUAAUUCUAUCCAAAUUCUAAACUGGAAAAGAGUUUGUGUCUUUUGCACUCUUAGAAAAACAUGUGUGGGGUUUUGUGUGGUGGUGUUUGGUUUGGUGUUUGUGUGUUUGUGUUGUUUGUUUGUUUUUCUCCUCUCACGUCACAGUGGAGUGCUUCACCAUUGUGCUUAAUUUUGUCUUCAGACAUAGUUCUGGUGCUAAACGUGAUGCUGUCCUUGCUUUGUGCUCUAGCUUUUAGAUGUGUUCAACUUCACUGUUUCUUUAGCCUAGCUUUAAGCGAAUCUAUACCUUUCAGUUGUUCUGCUGUAACAGCUGAGUGCGCAUGGUACAAUGUUUGAUGUAGAAAAUUGAAGCAUCCAUUGUACAGCAUUAGCUAGCUCAGCAUUAGCUUUCUGUCAGCUGUGAACAAUAUAGUUCAUUUAAAUGUGUGUGGAGGUGGUGUUGGAAAAGUGAGAAAAACAAAUUACUGGAACGCUGUGUAACCAUAAGUUACAUCCUUUCUCUGCGCUUUAGUUAAUAAACUUUAAUACUGUCUUUAUUUUUUAAAAAUUUAUUCCUUGUGUUGCACCACUCCUUUCUUGAAAACUGACUUUCAAUUGUUACUCUAAAAUUAUGAUUAUAUGAUACUGCAAGCAGGAUGCAUGCACAAAAUAAUAUUAACCAAAUAAACGCUUUCAGUUGCGUGAAAUCUUAAACUGAAGUCAGUGGGAUUUUGUGGUGAAAGCCUGUAAUAAAGUGUGAUUUGUGGAUUAGGUCCAGACUUAGAGGAAAAGUCAGUGAGAAAACAUAAAUGUUUGUGCACUGAACAGAAAGUAGCGGUCCUCAGUUGAUAUUCAUUUUAAAUUUACAGAGAUGAAGAGAUUGUUAGGGGAUCUUAAUUUUUAUGUAGUUAAUCCAGUCUGUCAUUUGGCGAAAAACUGUAGUGAAUUGGGGUGUCCCUGAGUAGUGUAUACAUUUUCUGGUGUAACAGUAUUUUGACCAGAACUGGCAGUUGUGUGAUGGUGAAGACUACAUUGUUGGUUAGGUUCUGUCAUUUGUCACUAAAGAGAAGAGUUUGCCACCUGCCCUUCCUCCUCCUCUUGUGAGGAAGCUGCAGACCGUGAUGACGUCUCCUACAGGCUGAACAAACCAAAUGACUUUAGCUGCACCUUAUACUGUUUCUCCUUCAAACCCUUCACCGACAUCUUAGCCCAUUUCUGGACACUGUCUGGUAGCUUUAUAUGCUUUUUAUCCUGUGUUGCCCAGAACUGCACACAGUGCUCCAGGUGAGGCUGCACCAGUGCAGAGCAGAGUGGGACAGUCACCUCCCUUGCCCAGCUGGCAAUGCUGUGCUGGAUACAUCCAGGGCAUGGUUGGCCCUCUUGGCUGCCAGGGCACACUGUUGGCUCAUGUUUGACUUGCCAUCGAGCAGAAGCCCCAGAUCCUUCUCUGCGGAGCUGCUUUCCAGCAUCUCAUACCCCAGUCUGUAUGUACAGCCAGGGUUGCCGUGUACCAGGUGCAAAAUCUGGCACUUGCCCUUGUUGAACUUGAUGCGGUUGAUGAUUGCCCAGUUCUCCAGUUUGUUCAGAUCCCUCUGCAGAGCCUCUCUGCCCUCAAGAGUGUUGACACCUCCUUCCAAUUUAGUGUCAUCAGCAAACUUACUAAGCAGUCCCUCAAGUCCUGCAUCCAAAUAGUUUAUGAAGACAUUGAAGAGAGGUGGCCCUAAGAUGAAUCCCUGCAGAACUGUGCUAGUGACUGGUCACCAGCCUGACAUAACCCUAAUUACUAGAACCCAUUGAGCCCAGCCCAUAGGCCAGUCGCUCACCCAUUUGUAUUGUGUAUCUGUCCAGCUGUAUGCUGGACACCUUGUCCAGGAGAAUACUGUGAGAGACAGUAUCAAAGGCUUCACUGAAAUCCAAAAAGAUCACAUUGACAGGCUUCCCUUGUGCUAUUAGGUGGGUAACCUUGUCGUGGAAUUAAAUUAAGUUUGUCAAGCAAGGCUUUCCCCUCAUGAGCCCAUGCUGGCUGAGACCAAUGACUGCAUCGUCAUUCAGAUGUUUCUCAAUAACUCCCAGAACAGUCUUCUCCAUGAUUUUGCGAGACACAGAAGUGAGACUGACAGGCCUGUAGUUGCCAGAGUCAUCCCUGUUGCCCUUCUUGUAGAUUGGCACAACAUUUGCCAGCUUCCAAUCGACUGGGACCUCUUGAGAUUCCCAAGAGCGCUGAAAAUCGUGGAGAGAGUUCUUGCUGUGACGUCAGCCAGCUCUUUAUGCACCCUUGUACACAGCAACGAGAAUGAUGCAUACAGAGAUGCACAGACACAGAGUUCUUGUUAGCAGCCAGAGCAGAGCUAGGUAGAGCUGAGUCAAGCUGAUCUGAUCCCUCUUUUAUGAACAAUUCUCAGUUUAUAGGUUUACAGAUACGGGCCUGGACCAAGAGGUUAGACAGGAUGCUUUUUCAAAAAAUGUUGUUCCAAACGCACCACACUCAUCUUGUGACUGUUUCCAGUCACAUUCCCGUGCAUAUCAUGUGGACAGUGUUUCAACCCACUCGUUCACAUGCCCAGGCCCAACAGUCACACAUCAUACACAGGGAGACAGUUUUCUGGCCCAAGGUAUCAUUCUCACUGGCUUGGGCUAUUGCUCCUUACACUCCAAAAAAACCAUGCUUCUGUAUAACCUGUCCAGGGCCAUUUAUGUUUGACUAAUUACUGUGAUUUAAUCAUGUUAGUAUUAUUCAUCCAGAUGGUCAUAUUAGUAUUGAUCUUCCUUUAUCAUACAGGUGGCUGGAGCCAUACACUUGCUGUUCUCACACUUGGAUGAAUCCCAUCAGGCCACAUUGACAUGUAGGGAUCUAGCUGGAGUAGCAGAUCCCGUACAAGUUCCAGAUUGGUUGGGUGUUUGCAGCCAUGGUUUUCUAGCCCAGGGCUAUGGGAGCACCCAUGUCCAUGAUCAGUGUUGAAGACAGAGGCAAAGAAAACAUUAAACAUUUUGGCUUUGUCUACAUAGCGCUGUUAAUAAGGUGACCAUGCUCAUGAAGUAAUGGACAAAUGUUAUUUCUAGUUUGCCUUUUGCCAUUAAUACAUUCUAAAAAGGCUUUUUAAUUGUCCUUCACAGUACUGGCCAGCUUCAAUUCUAAUUGAGCUUUGGCAGCAUGAAUUUCCUCCCUACAAUGGUGAGCAGCAUUUCUGUAGUCCUCCUAUAGAAAGGGUACAGAAGAAUCUGUGGAAAACUUGAGAUUAAGUAAAAAAAGACACAAGUAGUGACAUAGAAAGUACUUGAGAUACAAGCAUCACAUUGUUGGAAGUGCUGUUAAUGCAAGCAAAAUUUAAGUGUAGUUGUGAUCUGUUAGUUGCCUUGGAGUGCUGAAGAACACAAAUCCAGUAUGUUUUGGGGCCAUGUAUACUGAGAAACAAAUUGCACACCUGAGUUCCUGCAUGAUCUGUUAUAAGGAGAUUCAAUUUGCCUUUGAAAUGAGGGUAUUAUGUUUGCUUUCUUAAAUAAAUGUGUCUUCUGAAGUGUGAAGAGUUUGGUCUGCAUGUGAUCAAGAAGUAGUACUUGCUUUGCUUGUUUUACCUCUUUUCUGCUAAAACUGUUGGAAGUAUUUGCAACUCAUUAGUGUAUUGCAUAGCAUAUACGUGAUCUAGUCUUCAGUAUUUUGAAAGACAAGGUGGCUGGGAAAGAAUGUGAACAGUGUUUUUUUGAUAGCUGAAUGUGGAUGCUGUGUAAGAUGUGAUUCAGGUGCAUCUUCACGUCUUGUGUGUUCCACAGGUUUUUCAUCUUAAUGAUGUUGAGACACCAAUCCUCUUAUGCAAAACUGAAAAAGUUUGUCCUUCUUUCUUGCAAAAGAAUGUUGUUUUCUGUGGGGCAGAAUGGUGUUGCUUCAGUUCUUUUGCAGUGUUUCCAAGGUAGUGGUUUACCUGACUGAAGUCACGGGGAUAAGUACUUAAGAAAUGGGAGAAGAAAAGGUUCUUAGAUGAAUCAACUAACAUCUGAAAGUGUGAUUAAUCUUGAGAUGUGCUAGAAAUGGUAGGAAGGAAAGAGCAGGUAAUGCCAAGGUGUGUGUGUAUAUAUAUAUAUAAUGUGAAAAGAUUAAAAAAACCUAGAAAAUUAGGCUGCAUUAGACUUGCGAAAGUUAGACUGAAAUUCCCUAUAUAAAUCAAAUGGAUUACAUUGUUGUGAACAAAAUGAGUUACUAAUAAAUAAGUUUUCAUUAUGUUGAGCUUACGUUUAGAGAACAGCUUAUAAUGAUACAGUAAUGAGCAAUUUUUAUACAGGUCAUUGAUAGCUGGAGAGCAAAAUUGUGUCAGAAGAAAUUAGUUCGGAAUUUUUUUUGUUUUUUGAAACUCAUGAAUAAGUAGCAUCAGUGGAAGUUCUAUGUGCUGAAUAUUUCAGCAUUCUUACUCUCAGUUUUGUCUGAGAUGCUGAUGAUCUUACUUUUUUUCUGCUUCUGAAAUCUGGAAAAUGAUGAAAUUAUAUUCUUAAGUCAAAGUCAGUUUAGUUACAUUUAAUUGACUUACACAGUGAACUUUUUAAUAUCUCUUAUUUUGGAGUUUGUAUGUGAAAGUGUUUUUCUUUUCAGACUCGAAUUAGUGAUAAAAUAAGAAAACAUCAAAGCUAUGUGAUACUGAUAUUAAAAGCAUAUAUUUGUAUGAAAAUAAAGGUAUAGACAAACUUACUGUUAAUAUGUCUUGUUGGAAUAACAAUUCUACUGUUUGGGUGACAUGAAGAUUAUGUGAAUAAUUAAAUAUUUAAUGAUUAAACAGUGGAUUUAUUUUUUCAUUUAAGUAAACAAUGAAUCUGACUAAAUUAUAUAGAAAUUUAGAGUUAUUUUCUAACUCAAAUUCUAUCCCAAGAGGUUUUCAAGGCUAUAAACUAUCCUAAACUUUCAAGGACUCUUCAAUUGAGAACCUUUUUGCUGUAGAUUUGAAGUUUUACAGGUGUCUUCUGUUGCAUGGAGACAUGUAUAUAAAAAUGAAUGAAAAUUUUGCAAUUGUCUCAUAGCUGGGCUAGAAAGAACAACUUAAUCUUUCCGUGGGGCAUACAAACAAUACUAGAAAUAGUUGAUUAGAUAUUUGACUUGUGUGUUGAUUACCUCCCAAUGAAGAUCUCAUUCUGAGCUUGAUUUCAGAUUUGUAGUGUGAAUUGCAGUUUUUCUACUGUUAAUUACUUCUAAAGGAGUUUUGCAGAAUAAAGUUCCAUGUUACUCUAUCUGCGGUCCAAAAGUAUUCAUAACAUUCAAAUGAAUACUGGAAAUGGAACGUGACUGUUCUCCAUGUGAAACAAGGCUACUUAGUAGGUGAAUUAUUCCAUAAAAGCUAUAUGUAAUGUUAGAGGAAGGCUAUUGGAGAUCUGUGACAGAGGCACUAGAAACUUUCUGUGCAUUUUUAGAAGGUGUAAGGAGUAGCUUUGCUGCUAGAUUGAUGUCAGUGCCAAAAAACCUAAGACCUUGGGAAUAAAAGUGUGUGAACAAAGAAGCUUUAGUGGUGAGAAAAACUGAAGAUGGAUGAAAAUGUAGGAGGCUGAGUGAAUUUCUAAAUGCCUUGUGCUAAAAUCAAAGGUGUUUAUUUACUGUCUUUUUGCUUAAUGGAAUAUUUUCUUGUUCUCCCCAACACUUGCACUAUCGUAUGCUUUUUCUAAAAUUAGAGAAAAAUUUUAGUAUACUGAUACUAGCAGUGAUAUAGGAUUUUUGUAAUUAAACUCUGAAAGGUAAUGCAUAUGAUACCUAACUAAGGGAGCAGUUAUGGUUGCAUUUUUUGUUAAUUUUGUCACUUCCUGACAGUGGAGUGCUUUAUUUAGCAGCUUUAAUGUUUUCUUAACAGGUCUAUUUAAUAGCAAAUCUGGAACGUGAAAAGGAGUGAAGCAGCUAGUAAGUUUUUAUUUUAAAGGUGACUUGCACAUUUGAGUGUGAACAUUGUUAUGACAUACACCUCUGAAUAUGUAAACUUGAAUGUACUUACAGUGCUGCUGUUGCUGCAGACAGCCAUUUGAGAGAUGUAUGAAUAAAGGAGGUGCUUAAAUGAGUUAGUCUAUUACCCUGCCUUAUAUAAGGUCCUAGAAAGUCUUUAUUGCACUGAAGUAGGGUUAUUGUUAUGUGGUGUAUAGUCUUUAGUAGUGUUAAAUUGGGCAUUUUCAACUGAGAUUUAGAGAUGUGUAGAUAUGUAUCUUUGUAAUCUAGGGAAGUCUGCAAUGUUUUAUAGGUCUAACUUCUUCCUGUGUGCCAAUCCCUGUAUUAGAAUUUGAACUUUAGCAGCCUGCCGCUUUCUGGCAAUAAUUUGCCCUUGAUCCUAAACCGAACUUUGAAUAGGACAUUCUUACAUGAGUGUGGCUGUGCAAGAAAUUAGAAAUAAUUGUGUGAUAAUGAAAUGUAAUGGUGCUUUAAAAUUACCAGCCCAUCUCGGGCUUUGAGAUUUUUUUCACUAGAAGAUAUGAAAAAAAUUAUGUUUCACUGGGUGUGUAUGAUCUUUGGUAGUGAUGCAACCUAAAGAACUGGAAGCUGUUUCCAGGGCACUUGAAAAUGGAGAACUCCAAUACUAAUAUCAUUAGAAGAUUUUAUCAAAUUUUUGUGGCCUUUUGUAAUUAUUGCUUUUUCUUAAAGCUGAUGUUGCACUGCUCUGUUGGUUUCUGAAUACUGAAUCAAGAAGGAAAAGAUUCAGAGGAUUUAAAGGAAAAUUUCUCCAGUGCAGGUUUAGGUGAAGAUUGUUUAUCUUCACAGGUUUUCUGUAGCAGCAUAUAUUUGCUUAGUAUAGAAUGUAUUCUUUCGGGUGCUGUGUGAAUUUGGAACAAUAGCAGCAAAAUUGUUGAAUAUAGUGAGCAUAUAAUGGAAGAGAGGACAGAACAGGGCCUGAAUAUGUUUUUCUAACAUCCUUUUGUUCACCAUGUAUAUAAUAUUACAGUGUUUUGGUUUUUUUUUCAGUGCCUUUAAACAGUUUUCUUUAGAUCUUUAGGCAAGUACUCUUUAAAUGUAAAUCAUUCAGAGAUCAUAAUCUAUUUGUUAAGAGGAAAAAAAUACUGACAUUUUCCCACAAUGAAUUAAUUUGUAAGGAAGAUAUUUGCUUGAUUUUAUUUCUGUAUGUCUGGUUCUGUGUAUAUUCUUAAGGAGUUCUCAGUGUUCCUAGUUAUUCAGGUUUAUACAACUACACAGCAUGGAUUUAAAUAAAAAAUAGUUUGAGUACAGUGGUGAAUUGAAGGAACAUUUUUGUUAACACAAGUGUAUAGUUCUGUUAAAACUCUUUCAAUUUCUCUGUGUGUAGAGUUUUGUGCAGCAGAGAGAGUGCAAAACGAACAUUUCAAACAGGCAGGAUUUUAUGUGUUGGAAUUCCCUUAUCCAUUAAGUUGUCUAUCAGUCCUUCAAAUACCACAGAAUUGCUCAUCUAACCUUUAAACAGUAGAAAUAUUUAGGAAAUGGUUCUUUUAGUCUUUGUCUUGGCUAUGCUGAAGAAGUAUUUAAUCAACUAUUGUGGUAAGACAGAACAUGACUGAAGUUGUGAAGUCAAGUGCUCAAAAAUUUGGAAGUGGUAAUGGAUGUAGGUGAAUUGUAGCGUGUUCAUUUAAUGGAGCAGAGAAGUUAACAAACCCUUCUGAAUUGGUAGUAACUACUGUGCUUCCAGAGUUAGCAGUUUAGCCACACCAGUGUGAUGGUGAAUCCAAGCUACUAAGUUUUGCCUGACUUAUUACAUAAAAUGUGGGAAAGCAAGUACUCUCAGAAAUAGAUAGUUCUCUAUGGACACAGCAAAUGCAGUUGUCCCUGUGUGCUUCUUCAUUGCAAACUGGGAUUUUGUUUUGGGAUGGUAUUACUAUAAUCUUUUGGCUAAGUUUAUAUGUAUAUGGUUAAUUUGACUAUAGAUUCUGUAUUUAAGCCAUGUGUCGACACAGACAAAUAGCCUGUCUUUUGCCAUCAAUUUUAUUUAUGUUUCUGAAACUGAGACUGAGAUUCCUUUUGGUGUUCUCAAGGUGUUGUGUGUAUGCUGUCAGUCAACUGAAACAUGUGUCUAGCUAUUGUCUUCACUCUUCUUGCUUGUCUUUAUCAGUCAUCUCCUUGCUUUUCAGUCAGUCUCUCUACAGUGCUUAGGAAUGUUUAUGAAAUUCCAUCUAAUAAAGAAAACCUCUAUUAACUGCUAUUAGUUUUGCAUCUCAGCUACUGUGACCGCUUCCUUAAGUCUUCCAGUCUUGUUUCACCUUUUAUCUUCAAUCUAUAUGGAUUGUAGAUCUGAUUUCUGCUUAGGAGCUUAUUACUUUUCCUGCUAUGUAACACCGUUUUGACUCCUUUUCAUGUCUUCCUUUGCCUACUCUUCCUCUUUCUACUCCAUCAUAAACAAAUAUUUCACUUCAAUGACAUUGCUUUGUUAACUUGGCUUUGGUGGUGUGUUUGCCAUUAUACUGAUAUUUAGUAAUUGUUUUUUUUUUUAACAAGAAGGCUUAUUUAAAUAUUAACAAUAUUCCCUGCUGUCUGGCUGAAGCUUAUGCGUCAAGUGUGCUCAUUUAUGCAGGCAGAGAUGACAAAUGAAAAUCAAACAGAAAGUCAAGCUGUGAAAUGAGGACAAGUAUGGCACAUGUUUCAUGUGGAUUGCGUAUGAAGAGAAUAUAGUCCCUGUAGCUAGCACAGAGCAAGAAAAUGAUUAUGCAAAGAACUUAGAAUGCUUACACUUAGGUUUUAUUUUUUCACUUUAAAUGAUGCAUACCUUUGAACAGUGUCUGAAUUCUGAGCCCUACAAUUUAUGUUUAGUUUUCAAAAAAACUCUGCUGGAUCUUCCGUAACAGUCUGGGAAAGCUAAUGUGAUUCACGUAACUUGUAAUGUACUUGCAUUCUAUAUCAGAAGGUUUUGCAUGCCCAAGUAAUUGCAAAUAUUACAUAUAUAUAUAUAUAUAUAUAUAUAUAUAUAUAUAUAUAUAUUUGCCUUGUAGUGCUUUUCCUCUAAAAUGUGAGCAUUAUGGUAAAGAAAAGAUAUUGCCAUCAACAGUAAAACUAUGCCAUAGGUAAGUUCAGUGUAAAUAAACAGAACGGUGAAUACCUUUUGUAUUUGUAAGGUAAAUACAUAAAAGUGUUGCACAGGAACUUUAAUAUGAAGAAAAUCUAAGUGCACUCCUUAUUUCAAAUUAGGUGCAGAUUGUUUUAUUAGGAAAUGUUGUAAGAGAAUGCUUGUGUCCUAGAGAUCUGUGACAGUAAUGCUUUUGUGUCUUCCUUCUGACAUGUACUGUGUGAAAAAUGUACAGGGCUUCUGAUAUUUGUUUAGCAGGAGUCUGAUAAAAGUUGCUGAUUUCAGAUUAUAAAAAAAGCAUAACCAUAAUGUAACUGGAAUAUCUGUGAUUUAUCAUAUAAUAGUUUCAUCCAUAUAUUAGGAUACAUUUUUGGAAACUGAAAUUUAUGUUGUUAAUGCAUUUCAUCAUUUUUACCUUAAAGUUCAGUAAAACACUCAAUAAUACAUUAAUUAAACAUGACAAAAUAUUUUUUAGGAAGGAAUUCAGUAAUCAGUUUUUACUAUGUAUUGUAAAGUAUCUUGCUCUCAGAAUGCUAAUACCAUUUACAAAACUAAUCUACUUGAUAAUACUGAAGCUUCUGGUUAAGCUUAUCAUUAUCCCUAGAAUCCAUUGUGACUUGUCUUUUCUAUUCCUACACUCUCAGUGUUUAAAAUUACAUCUGUCAAACAGCUUGUAGUGAGUCUGUGUGGACACAAACAUUUGGGAAGCAGUGGUUUCUUAAAUUGAAAAGUGUGUGGUACGCUCUUUCUCCUGGAAGCACUUGAUGCUUUAAAAAGGCAGUUACUCUGCUAUAGUGUUUGGAAUUUCACAAAUUUGAAAGCUAGGGGUGUUGCUUUUGUAAACGCACUGUGUGUCUUUGCUCAUGUGCUCUCAGGGAGGACUGCAGGGACCUCUGUGAGGAGAGGCCAGGGCUGUCCUAUGCCAGACACACUGCAGGGCACAGCUGUGCUUGGCAGUGAAGAUGGUGGCACCUAUGGGAAAGCAUAUGUAUGAAAGGGUAAAAAAAGCUUUUAUGAGAGAAACAGUCCUGCAGUCACCAAGGUCAGAGAACAAGGAGGAGGAGGUGUUCCAGGUGCCAGAUCAGAGAUUCCCCUGUAGCCUUUGGUGAAGACUGUGGUGAGGCAGCUGUCCCCCUGCAUUCAAUGGAAAAGACCAUGGUGAUUCAAGGUGUCCAUCUGCAGCCCAUGGAGAAGACCAUUGGUGAUGCAGGUUGUCAUCCAGCAGCCCAUGGAGAACCACAGUAGAGCAGAGAUCCACACUGCAGCCCAUGGGGAGCCCAUGCCAAAACAGGCUCCUGGCAGUACCUAGAGAGGAGUCCGGGCUGCAGCAGACUUUCUGGUAGGACUUGCAUCCCAUGGGGGACCAAUGCUGGAGUAGUCUGUUCCUGAAGGACUGUGCCCUACAGGAGUGACCCAUACUGGAGCAGUUAGUGAAGCCUCCAGGGGGAGCAACCCUGCGCUGGAACAGGGGAACAGCAUGAGGGGGAAGAAGCGUCAGAGAGGAGCUGUUACGGACUGACCACAACCUGCAUUCCCUGUUCCUCUUCGCUGCUCGGGGGAGGGAGAUAGUGGUGAGAGAAGUGAAGGAAUGAAGGUGAGGCUUGGAAGGAGGAGAGUGGAGGAAAGGUGUUCUUAGCUUUGUGUUUAUUUCUCAUCAUCUUACCCUAUUUUAAUUGAAAAUAAUUUAAAUCUUGCCCAAGUCAAGAUCUGUUUUACCCGUGACCGUAACUGGUGCGUGAUCUCUCUGCCUUUACCUUGACCCCCUGAGCUUUUUUGUCUUAUUUUCUUCCACCUGUCCUUUGGAAGAAAGGAAGUAAGUAAGCAGCUGGGUGGAUACCUCACAGAAGACUUAAAAAAGCUAAAAAGAUUUCUCAUAAAUUAGCUCAGUUUUUGAAACUGGUUAAAACUUAAGUACUCUAGCUUCAGUUUCAGAGUGAAUACUGGAAUUAAAAAAAUACUGGCAAUGGUUUCUUUGACAGGAUUCUGUUCCAAAUUGGCUGUUUCAAUUAAUUUAUAAAUUGCUUAAAAGAACAUGCGAUUUGAUAUUUAAGUGCGUAGUGUUAUAUAAUACAUUUUCAGUGUCUGAGGCCGCGUGUAUUAAGUCAUCAAGAAAAAAGGUCUCUUGAUGAAGACUGUAGUACUAGUAUGAAUGACUUGAGAAAGUCUGUUGCCAUUUUCACCUAAUGAGCUGGUAUCUAAAAUACUAGACUGCUAAAGUGUGGAAAAAGAUAUUUAGGUGUGCAAACAGAUUAUUUUUAAAGUGAUUCUGCAUGUAUUGCAAGUCUUAAUCUUUGAUAACUUAAUACUGUUAAGGGGUGGGCUUGGUUAUGAUUUCAACUUUAGAAAUUUAAGAUCUUCCUAUGAUUAUAGGUAUGUUAAAAAUGUAUUAUGCAAACUAAUUUCCUACUGGCAAAGCUUUAGUGUCUUGUUAACUACUGGGCUUCAUCUGGACAAACAUACAUGCAGAACAGCUAAUAUGCUUUGUGUAAUUACAAAAUCUGUCCUUGAGCUCCCAGCUUGGCUUCUCUAGUACUGCCUUAUUGCUACAUGAGCUGAAACAGUGUGGGACUGGAAGCUUUUCCAGUGAUGAUGUACUUUCUUUGGCUCACAAUUGCCUUCUUAGAGUUCACCAUAGCCUUAGUGCUGCUACUGAAUUUCUGGUGCCCUUUGUCCUCGUAUUGCCUGCUUGUAAUUUUGUGCUCCUGUUGCGUCACAACUUCCACCACUUGCAGAACCCAGCCUGUUAUAGGUAAGUUUUUGGCUUGGUUAGCAAGGGUACAUGCUGUGCUCAGGUGACAGUUAAAGACAAAAUGGGGAAAUCUUAAAUAAAUCACAAAACUAGAACUGUUUUAUCCCUCUGAAAUGAAGUUGUGAUGCGUUAGAAGAAUACAACUUUAAACUCAUUUGACAUGUGAUUAGUUAUUGUAUAUGUGUCAACAAGUAGGCGAUAUAAAACUUGUAAGCUAACAAUCUUAUUAACUCUGAAAUCGGCUUUGGAUUUCUUCAGGUUUGCCUGCAUACCCAGUCCUUUCUAUAGUCCUAGUGCUCCGUUGUGAAGCCUGUUGGUGUCAUUCGUAUGAAGUAUUAGUGCCUUUCUAUCCUGUUACUGUUCUCAGUGAAGUCUUUCAGCACUUGGCAGUAUAAAAAUUUUGGUAUGUGGAAAAUAGUGUGAGGAAGUUUGGCUUUCCACUGCUGCUGAGAUUACCAAAGCAUUGUUUUAGUAACUAUCUAGGUAUUUUUGCUCUGCAGAUGGCAAUAAAAUGCUGUGCUUAGGUGCAUUGCUUCUGUUUGCCAUGAAGCCGGUGUAUUAGCACUAAAAAAUCUAGGAUUGCGUAUCUUACUAUUUCUGAAUGGAAGAUAUGGAACAUAACUAUUUUUUCUUUGCUACAUAAAAUAUUUAUGCAAUUCUGCUGCAUCAGAUAUACUAACCUUCUUUCCAAGUGCUAAAUGUGUUCCUGAAGUAUUAAGACACUCUGUUUCUAGUUUUUUUUAGUUCUUCCCUAGCUUUUGUAGCACAGUGGGUGAGGAGAAACGACCCAUUUCCUCCUGUUGAGUUUGUUCCUCUGAGAUGUUUGGUUUGAAUUCCUGUAAAAACUAGUAAGUUUUGCUGGUAUUGCGCAUCCUGGAGAUAAUAUUUGUACUACAGAUGCUACCAAGGCUUUGUGAAUGGGAUGGACACGCUGCUAUUGACUACUUACUUACAGUAACCAGCAAGGCACUUCACUGGUGAUGUUUUCAUUCUCACGUUGUCCAAAACUGGGGUUUGCUUAUCCUAAUUUUUAAAAAGAGGAAGAAAUCAAGGUGGAGUACCGUAAACUUGACAUGGAUAAUAAAAGGAAAGACAAGGACAAGCCAGAUGAAAGAAUGGCACGGCCUAGUGGGAGGUCAGGCCAUAAUCCACGUGGAACUGGUUCUUCAAAUUCUGGAGUCUUAAUGGUUGGCCCUAACUUCAGAGUUGGCAAAAAAGUCGGAUGCGGUAAUUUUGGAGAACUACGGUUAGGAAAAAAUUUAUAUACAAAUGAAUACGUGGCAAUUAAGCUGGAGCCAAUGAAGUCGAGAGCACCACAGCUACAUUUGGAAUACAGAUUCUACAAGCAGCUAGGAUCUGGAGAUGGAAUACCUCAGGUUUACUAUUUUGGCCCAUGUGGCAAAUAUAAUGCUAUGGUGCUAGAACUACUUGGACCUAGUCUGGAAGAUUUAUUUGAUUUGUGUGGUAGGACAUUUUCUCUUAAAACCGUUCUUAUGAUAGCCAUACAGUUGAUUUCUCGUAUGGAAUAUGUCCAUUCAAAGAACUUGAUAUACAGAGAUGUAAAACCUGAGAACUUCUUAAUAGGAAGACCUGGAAACAAAACCCAGCAUAUUAUUCAUAUUAUAGAUUUUGGUUUGGCAAAGGAGUAUAUAGAUCCAGAAACAAAGAAGCACAUACCAUAUCGAGAACACAAGAGCCUUACAGGAACAGCUAGAUACAUGAGUAUAAAUACACAUUCAGGAAAAGAGCAAAGUAGAAGAGAUGAUUUGGAAGCUUUAGGUCAUAUGUUUAUGUAUUUUCUCAGAGGAAGCCUUCCAUGGCAAGGUUUAAAGGCUGAUACGUUAAAAGAACGUUACCAGAAAAUUGGAGACACAAAACGAACUACCCCUAUAGAAGUAUUAUGUGAAAACUUCCCAGAGGAAAUGGCUACAUAUCUACGUUACGUAAGAAGGCUAGAUUUUUUUGAAAAGCCGGACUAUGACUACUUAAGAAAGCUCUUCACAGACUUACUUGAUCAGAAAGGCUAUGUGUUUGAUUAUGAAUAUGACUGGAUUGACAAACAGUUGCCUACUCCGGUGGGUUCAAUACAUUCAGACCCUGCACUGUCUUCAAACAGAGAAGCCUAUCAGCACAGAGAAAAAAUGCAACAAUCCAAAAGUCAGUCGGCAGACCAUAGGGCAGCUUGGGACUCACAGCAAGCCAAUCAACAUCAUUUGCGGACUCACCUAGCAGCUGACAGACAUGGUGGCUCGGUACAGGUGCUGCUGUUUAUUCAAGCGGAGGAAAAGGAAAACCAUGCAGCGCCACAAGUGACUAGAACCAAACAGAACAUGGGAAAUUGCCUAUUUGUUCAACUGCUGUCUUGUGAUCCUAAAAAAAAGAAAACCUCCAUAAUGAGCACACGUUUUCCAAGGACUCCCUUAGAAACAAUGUCAUGCCUGUGUGCUUUGAUUUGGUCCUCCUUCAUCCAUCUUUUGUUUCUUCUAUUCAUCUAUUCUGAAAGCUUUAACGUUUUGUCAAAUAUGAGUGCUUCUUUGACCAUCAACCAAUGGACCAAGAAAACAGUACGAAUGAAGAGUAUCUUCAGCAAAACUAAGCUUGAGAAGUAUUUUUUCUGUCCUAGGAAGUACUAGCAGUGUCUUAGCUGAAGACAGAUACCGUAUAUUUGUUAUUUGAGUUCAUGGCAGCGUAUCAAAAGCACUUUUCUUCAAAAAUGCAGAAGAAAAAUACAGAUGUACAACGAUAGAAAAAUAAUGUUUUCUUUUCUGACCUUUUUUUUUUUAACCUUUUUUUCCCCCACCAUAUUACCGUUGUAGUCAAACUGUGUCAAUGUUAAACCCUGUCUGUGAUCCUGUGGUGCAGUCACUGUCUAGAGAUACUGCGGAUGCUGAUAUAACUGUUAACAGUUGUCUAAAUGCUGGUGAUACUGAUGAACAAAAUAUUGCCAGUAGCUUCUAGGUUUGAAAACCUGCUUUUAUUAUGCCUACAAUGGAAUUGUAGUACACUAGAAAUGACAAGAGUGUGUGUAUUAUACAAAGAAUACGGAAGUUUGUAUAAUUCAAAUUGUGCUUCCAGUGAUGUUAGUAAGAUGGAAAUACCUUCAAAAGAGAUCUACAGAGAAAUUAUAAAAUGAGAAAUAAAUGUGAAUCUGGAUACAGUGGAAUCACCGUUAAAGCCUAUGUGUUCACUAAGGUAAUUGAUGAUUGACAACAUCUUUAAACUGAAAAUAUGUAUGUGCCAUGUAAUGUUCAAGAUCUGUUUGUAAAUUGUUUUUAAUUUAGAAAGCAAAUGCAAUGGAAAUGAAUUAGGCUUUUUUUCUUCUCUGCAUACUAGUACAUAGCACCCAAAAUUUCCUGAAAUUUCUUUUCUUGGAAAUUUCUUGUCUUUCAGUGUAACGUCACUACUAUAGUAGGAUAGCAAGGAAGUGUCAGGUACUUCCCCACAGUCCAAUGAAGUGCCUGCAGUCUGAACAAACCAGCAAUUCUGUGGACAAUGCAGCCCACUUUAUAUUUUCUUCAGAAAAUAUAUACUUCUUUAAAGCCAUAGUGACAGAGGUGUGCUUUUCUCAUGUUUAGCUGCCAGUUAUUGAAGAAGGGUUUUGAAAAAUAAAUGUGACUACACAGAUUUGUUGAUCAAAACUCAGAUGAUAUCAAUUUUUUUUAGUUCUUCUAGACGUAGUUAGCAUUUUUUUCCUAUCCACAUAUGCCUUUUGGCAUACUUAUUUAUUUUUAAUCCGUUUUGUGGUAGCAUUUAAAAUAUAUGUUAAGAUAAAUGCACACCUUUGAAUUCACUACUACAUUUACAAGUAUUUGAACUGUAUUUUGUAAUUUAUUUUUCCUUAACAGCCCAAAGUAUAUUUUAUUGUUUGGAUUAUGUGCUCAUAUGUAUACUUUGAUAUUUGUCAUUAUUACUGUUCAUGACCUUAAGUUUUAGUUUUAAAAAACCUGAACUUGGCCUACAGAAACAUACUAUAUAACAGGUUGUAAGUUUCCACUCCACCAGUUUGUGUUAUUGAUUAUCUCAAACCCAUGAAGUUACUUCUCUGCUUUUAUUUGAACGGAAAAGGUAGGUUACUUGCCAUUCUCAUAUGAAAACACAUCCUUCUUUGUAGUACUUGACCAAAUUUGUUGCUUCAUAAGGUCUUAAGUACAUGUGGUAGGUGUAUUUUUCACACACCUGAUUAGUUUUAUUCUGAGAGGUUUUUGACCUGUACAGUGUUUGUAUAAUCUGAACUCUAUACAUGUAGAAAGAAAGUGUGUAUAUUAUUGACUUAAAAUAUUUGAAUAUAUAAGCUGUUUGUUUGCUGAAAUGACCAGUGUCUAGGGACUUGCUUUUCAGCAAUUUUUUUUAAGUGCUUGAUUUAAAUGCUGAAGAAAGUUUUCUUCUAGCAAAGCGGUCAGUACUAAUGCAGCUGUGUUCAGGUUAUGUCAUUAUGAUUCGCAUUUUUUUUUUCCUGAUUAAACUAAUGAAGUCAGCAUUGGCUGGGUGUCUAAUGAAAUACAUCCUAGUUUAAAUGUAAGAAAAAAAAAAUAUAGUUUUUUAAAACUUGCCUUUUCCCCCCCUUUGCUACAGUCUUGGAUGAAAUAGUGGGAGCUGUUAUUUUAAGAGUUGCUGAACAGUUUCGAUCUUGUUGGACAGCAAGGAAUUUGGAAAUGUGUUACUCAAAAUGCUACCUCAACAUUGCAGUUAUGUUUGCUUAGUUAACAUGUGUUAUUGCUAUAUGCUUUAAUAUAUCUAAUGAUAACAAUAGAGUGAAGACACUUGAAUGCGUUUGUAACUAGGAAGUCUACUCAGGGUCUCCAUGGAUUGAAGUCUAUGCUGUCUGUGCUACCUAGAAUAAAAGCUGCUACAGAUACUGUGA